GCAACGCUUUUGCGUAGAGGUCGUGUUUUAGCUGGAGUGCGCACGAGUCAAAGCAAAUGAGUAACAAGUGGAACGGGCGAUUAACUGGCAUAUUUCAAUACUCACAUAUACGUUUACGUUUUUGUAUGAGCGCUAUAUACAAUAAAGUGUGGGGGCAGAAUAUGUCAAUUCGUGUCAAUCAAUAACAAAGACUGAGUGAGACAGGGUGGGAUACGACUACAUAAAGAACAAUUUAAGAGGAAUCUUUUAACCAAAACUUUUAAAAUAUAUUAGUGAGAAAUUAUAAAACUAUUAGUUUUACAAUAAGUAAAAAUAAAAAUUGAAUGUGUUAAAUGUGUUGAGUGAGGUGAUCGUGUACUUAAUGGCGAUAGUAGAUCAGCAACAUCUUUAUACAAACAGAGAAAAAAAGAAAUUAUGUACACAUAUCGAAUACGCAUUUUAGAAAGACGUUAUUGCAAACGACAUAGCAAAGUUGCUCAUAAUACGUGCUUAUAUAGAAUGCCUGUAAACACAUAGAAAUGUGCAAAUGCAUAAGCAAACUUAGUUUCUUUUGUUUUCUGAAAUCAAAAUACAAUCAAAUUUUUAUAUACAUAUAUGUAUGUAUACAUAUGUAUAUAUAUCUUUUUCAUCGAAAGGGAUUGCGAUGUUUUUGGUACAGCUCUUAAUGCGGUGAGCUAUGAGCGAUUACGUAGCAUCAAACCUAAAUCGUUCCGGGUUCAACCGCAACAUCAAAUUUUAACAGAACCACUAAUGCCUUUAACAACGGUUUUACGAAUGCAGCAGGUCGCUGAGCAUCAAAAUAAAUCUGUUUACGAUAGUGGCAGCAUGGACACUGCUAAUUUGUUAAACACAACGGCAGUGCUUCAGACAGAGUUUUCGACUCGAAAUUACUCUGAUAUUAUGCGCAGUUUGGCUGCCAAAUAUAAUGAUUCUCACACUAUAAAUUCCCUUUCGACUCGAUGCAAUCAAUUUUUGGAUACUUCUUCAUCAACGUCUAUUCCUGUUACUAGCAAAAGCAAUAAUCAACAAGCAGGGAACAGAAACGUGGCGGCUGCAACAACAAUGAGUGUUUUGACCAGUAAAGAUACACAACCACAACCCAUACAGCGGUUAUCAAUGUCGCCUGGAGAAGUAGCCGUGGCCGCUGCAGCUGCUUCGUUUUUAACCAGUUUACCAUUUUCACAAAGUGUAUGCCUGCCAAUGAUGGAUAUGAGUAGUACUCAGGCGUUGAUUACUUUGGCCCGUGCAGCUAAAGAAGCUGAGAUUCAAUCUUUACUUCGCUCAUCUCAGCCAAAUUCAAAACCUACCUCCUCUAUUUCUGCUUUACCGAAUGCCAACCUCAAUAUUGCAUUACAACAGGCCGCUCAAUAUGUGUCCCCAGUGCUGAUUUCUUCUAUUCAACUGCAACAGCAGCCAUCGUCAUCUUUAUGUCGAUCUAGUCCAACUCAUAAACCUCGCUUUGCUUCAUCUAAUUCAAGCGGCUCAGCCUCCAAAAGAAAAUUAACAUCAUCUUUGAAUUCGGGGACGGUGCCGUUAGAUUUGAGCUCUCAACCUCCAAUAGACAAACGAUUUAAAGAAGAAUUAAAUCCUGAGAAAAGCAAUAAUAUUGCAGCGUUUGAAGUAAUAACUUAUCCAUCGCGAACAGUAGAAAACAAAUUAAUUGUUAAUGACAACAAUAAACCAACCCGUCCUGAUGCUCAAAAAUGUAACGAUGUCCACCUAAGCAUCCCCCCAACAUCUCCAAUGCAGUGUAUCAGUGGUGCUCUACAAUGUCAAGCUCAAAGUGAGGAAAUAUCCCAGUGGAGCGUAGAUGAUGUGUGUAAUUUUGUAGGCGAGAUUGAUAUCUGCGCACACUAUGUACAGCAUUUUCGUGACCAAAGUAUUGAUGGAACAGGAUUACCUUUACUUACAGAGGAUCAUUUACUAAAUUCCUUGGGAAUGAAGUUAGGUCCCGCGUUGAAGCUGCGGUCUAUGCUAGCCAAAAAACUAGGUGGUCCUUGCCCAUGUGCGGCGUGCAUCACUCAAGCGCGACAAUUGUUGAUACUACAAUCGGCAUCUAAACACAAUGCAGUGAAGCCAGGUCUAACAGCCUCAGUAGAGUAUUUACCGUCUGUAGGUAGCAAUGAGAACAGCGGCGAGGGAACCAACGUAAUAGAAACAAAUGACAAAUCUAAAGGAUAUCUUCAAGAUUUUCAAGAAGUCAAUCAUAUUCAACAAGCAUCGGAACCGCGAGGAUCAAAUGUAAAUAAUGAAAGCAGUGAAGGCUCUUUCAAGUUACAAAUAUGCGCUAAUCUAUAUAAAAAUGAAACGAACAAGAGCAGCCACAAAGAAGAGGAGAAAAAACUUGAUAAUUUUAGUAACGAAGGCACAACUGGUGACGAUCACGCUACCGCCCUUAGAUCUGCAAUAAAUGACAAAAUCAAGAAAAAUAUCAAAGACGUAGUUAACAGCAACAUCGCACAAGGAGCUUCGCUUGGCAGUUAGUUGUAGUUUUGGUACUGCAUACAUACGAGUAUGUAGGUAUUUAUAUGUAUUUGCAGUACGUACAAACACAGAUAUCCAUAUAUAUAUGUUUGUGAAAAAUAUUCAUUUGAAAUUAACCAACAAAUUUUAUUUUCACUAUAUUUUAUGAACCAAGCCUUGGCAAAAUGACACUUUAUAUCAGGCGGUUAUGACCUGUGAAUACAGAGAUCCAUAAUCUAAAUUUAUUGGAUAACAAUAGCAUUAACAUGACCGAAAGGUACAUGCACAUAGUAUAAUAGCAUUAGAAUGGCUAUCAUUUCAUUCAACACAGCUGCAACUACCUAUCUUACAUACCUUCUACAUACCUUUACUGACGGUUGUCCCACAUAAACCAGCGGCGAUUUGAUUUUCUUCGUUUAACCUGGUUAGCUGAUUGUUCGCGGUUAUCUAGGUUGCCAGUAUAGUCUUUUUUUAAAGGUAUAUUAAAUAAUCGAAGAAAAUUUGUAGUUUUUUUUCAAAAUAACUCAAAACUAUAUUAGCAACUAAUUAUUUGCUAUCAUAUAGAUCAUGUAUAUUUGAUCGGCGUUUAUAUUAAAACAUGUAAAUUAUGAAAUUCGUUGACGAAAAUUAUAAAUUUGUUUAAAAUUAUGCAAUCACAUCCAGUGUGACAGCUGGCAACAUUUCGUCGCUGUUAGCAACUAUAACUCGUGCUUGCAUAUCUUGUCGGGUGUUAUGGCUGUGCGGUAUGUAAGAUGGGUAGUUGCAGCAAUAGACUUGGGAGGUUACGUCUUGGAAACACAGCAAACUGUAUUGUAUGCACAUAUUGUAUGCAAAUAUACAUAAUUAUUAUAUAACAAGGUACCGCGGUAGCCGAGUGGUUAGC